AUGGUCCUUCUCAUUGCCACGAACCGCAUCCUUACCGCCCUAGAGGCAGUCCCGGCCUCACGCCGAGAAGAGCUCGAGCUCCCUGCAACGCUGGAGCUACAUGGGCCGAUUGCACAUGAGCAGCUCCUCCGUCUGUCAAAACACCUCAACCAGGACACGUAUAAAGCGUUGAACGACGAUAGCAAUGCACAAAUUCCAACAGUUCUCAGUGCUCUCCUCCGUGGCACGGCAGUCUACGUCCCACCCCCGCCUAAGAAACCAGAGCCUGUUCGUCCGAACCAUCUCUCCAACUCCCAAAACAGCGUAGCUAACGCACCCCAGAGCCCCGAGUACCUUGCGUCAAAGGCGCGUCUUCUCGCCGCAGCUCAACAAGCCGAAUACCAGCGCCUCUUGAACCCAACCUACAUCCCCAAUGCCGACCAUGCCGACCCGCACUCCGCUGAUAAUGCCCCCGUCCUCUCAGAAGACCCUCUCACCCCAUCUCUCGUCCUGAACAUCUUCCUCUCUGUGAUCAUCACGGGCUUUAGCGUCUACUGGGCACUCACAAAAUUUACGAUGCCAGAGAUCUUAGCUACAAUAUUCUCCCAGUGGACAGGGCCGGCUGUGGACGAAGAACGGAAGCCGGCUGGCGCGUCGGAUGCCGUGCGGGUCCUUUUGUCACUUUUUGCGGCACUGGCAGUUGCUGUCGCGGAGUCGUUUUUGUACGUCUUCUAUAUUGGAAAGAUUGAGAGGGCGAAGAUCAAAGAAGGGAAGCUCAAGGAGCGGAAGGUUUUCGUCAAGGAGGUUUAUGGUGCCUUACGCGGUGAGAUUGACGAGGGACGAGCUAUCAAUGUUGAUGAGAAGGCCGAAAUCUGGGGCAAAGGCGUGAAUGGUGGUGUCCGGCGAAGGAUACGAGAGAAGUGGGAAAAGGAGAAUGAGGCUCAGAGCGAGACCUAG